AUGGCGAUGGCUUACCAUAAAGAGGAUCGUAUAUAUGGAAACGUCCCUGAUACCUCAGCCAGGAGUGUUGAAUCAAAGGUCCGCUCUGAUGAAAACAGGAAAGUGGCUGCUGCAGAGUCCGGUAUAAAACGGUACAGGCUGGCUGCUGUGAUCCUUGGACUCUUUUGUGUGCUACAAGCUGCUCUCAUCAUUUUCCUUGUUGUUUCUCUCUUUUCAGAGAAAGACGCCUUGAAGAGAACCAACUUUGAUGUUGAGGCUGGUUUCAAAAACCUGACUGAGGAGAGAGAUGACCUGAAGAAGAAGCUGAAUAACUUAGAUGUUGAGGCUGGUUUCAAAAACCUGACUGAGGAGAGAGAUGACCUGAAGAAGAAGCUGAAUAACUUAGGUCAAGGAGGAUGGGAGUAUUUCAGAGGUAGUUUCUACUACAGUUCUUCUGUCAAGAAAACCUGGCAAGAGAGUAGAGAUGACUGUCUUCAAAAAGGUGCAGACCUGGUGAUUAUCAACAGCAAAGAAGAACAGAAUUUCACAAUAAAGUUUGAGAAGAGACUGUGGAUUGGCCUGACUGACUCAGAGACAGAGGGGACGUGGAAAUGGGUGGAUGGGACUCCACUGACCAAAAGCUACUGGGUUUCCGGGGAGCCUAACGAUGAGUACGGUGAAGACUGUGUGGAAAUACGUUAUUUUGAUUCAGAAAACAACUGGAAUGAUGUAAGCUGUUCCAUUCCACUCAACUGGAUCUGUGAAAUGAAAGUCCGUCCAUAACUCUGCAACCAAACCCACCAGACAGAAGACUAAGGAUGAUAAAUAUAUUGCUGAUACAAUUUAAAUCUUCUCAAAAGCAACCUGAAUAUGCUCAUGUGGACACAUCAUUUCCAAGUGAAAAUCAUUUCCAGCUCAGUGUGAGAUAAUCUGAAGCCUGGUUAUUUGCGCUGCAGUAAAGUGACCUGUUAACAUCUAGAAACAAAUGUCCAACGAGGGUCACUGCUUCAGCUGAAAAAACAGAAGAAAAGAAACUAGAAGAUGUAAUACAUACUUUGAUUUAUU